CAGGCGGGCGGCGGGAGCCAUGGCGGUGUACAGCGCGGCCGCCGCCGUCCUGCAGGGGCUGGAGCGCGGCGCCGGCGGCGUGAAGGAGCUGGUGUACCACAGCCGCUUCCCGCAUGUCCGGCAGCUGUACGCGCUGGUGGCCGGGACGCUCCGCUACUCACCGGUGCUGGAGAAGCUGCUGGCCGGCGCCGCGCUGCUGCAGGCCGAGAAGAAGCUGUCCCUGCACUUGGCGAAGGUGCUGGUGUACGACCUGCUCUUCGGCAAGGGCUUAAAGUGCGGCGGCCGCUGGAAGGCGCUGGCCCGGCGGCACCGGGCCCGGCUGGAGGCCGAGCUGGCCCGCCUGAAGGUGCGGCAGAAGGUGAUCCGCAACGAGGACCUCCUGGCCCCGGCGCAGGCAGGCGGCCCCGGUGCUUCCCAGGUACCGCGCUACGUCCGCAUCAACACUCUGAAAACUUGCGUGGACGACGUGAUUGACUUCUUCAAGCGUGAGGGCUACUCCUACCUGGGCAAGGCAGCCAGUGUGGAAGAGCUGAGGGCCCUCUCCGGGAAGAAAUUCUUGUUGGAUCUUCACCUCCCGGAGCUGCUGGUUUUCCCUCCGCAGACAGACUUCCACGACAACCUGCUAUAUACUUCAGGACACAUUAUUCUGCAGGACAAGGCCAGCUGCCUCCCGGCCUUCCUCCUCAGCCCUGCUGCUGGCUCCCACGUCAUCGAUGCCUGUGCUGCCCCUGGGAACAAGACCAGCCACCUGGCAGCCAUCCUGAAGAACAAGGGCCAGAUCUUUGCCUUUGACAUGGACGCCAAGCGCCUGGCCACCAUGAACACCAUGCUGAUGCGUGCUGGCGUCACUGGCUUCCAGCUGGCCCAGCAGGACUUCCUGAUGGUGGAUCCUGGAGACCCCAAGUACAGCAAGGUGGCCUACAUCCUCCUUGACCCGUCCUGCAGUGGCUCAGGGAUGGUGAACCGGGUGCCGACGGCAGAGGCUGCCCCCAGUGCCGAGCGGCUGCAGGCGCUGGCCGGCUUCCAGCGCAAGGUGCUGAGCCAUGCCCUGAGUUUCCCGGCUCUGCAGCGCCUGGUCUACUCCACCUGCUCGCUGCACCGGGAGGAGAACGAGGACGUGGUGGGCGCCGUGCUGCAGGAGCGGGGCUCGGCCUUCAGGCUGGUGCACGCCUUCCCUUGCUGGCCUUGCCGAGGACUCGCUGCCUUCCCCGGGGCAGAGAGCUGCCUCCGCGCCUCUGCUGCCGACACCCUCACCCACGGCUUCUUCGUGGCUGUCCUGGAGCGGCGCGGGGACGGGGCUGCUGCCUCCAGCUCCCUGCCUGCGGCUGCUGAUAACACCUCCCGGCACAGUGAGGGAACGGAGCCAGGAGCAGCUCCCAAGAAGAGGAAGAGGAAAAAGCAGCGGGUAAAGGAGUGAAACAACUGGUUUAGGACUGCGCAGUGCCCAGCUGGGGCUGGUGGGGAUUGCUGCCCUGCUGCCUGCCUGCACUGUGGCACAGCCUCCCAUCAUCAGUAAACUCAGCUGGAUUAAGG